CAGGAGAGCGAGAUAAAUUGGAUCAACCAGUAGUUAGACACCAAACGGCCACCAGUCUCUGGGUAUUGUUCUGGCUUUGGUUUCUUGAUUCGUAAUUCUGAGGCUUGACCGAAAGACCAGAUGAUUACAAGUUCAAAUCUCAACAUUAAACAUCAAAAACGUUAAAUUCAUUAAAAAUAGUAAUUUAAAAAAUUGUUUUCAUUAAGGAGCACAAUCUCGCUGUCACUUUGCGGUAGAAACCGAACUGUUCACUAUUUUUCACUGUACCUCGGUACAUGUUACAAUAAUAAAUCUAUUUAUCAACCACCCGUACACGAGUUUGCUGACACCUUCUAACUACACUCUGUAGUGGCUCAGCAAGCCAUUCCGCUGUGAUUAGGGGACAGGCAAUGACGCCACUUUCACCAGCAACGCCCACAUCCCGUGUAUGAAAUCCGGAGUUAAUCUUGGAAAAUGUAUCUCCGGAUCUCCUGCCUCUGAAUCACCAGCGGCGCGGAUGCUGGCAGGUAAAUAGUCUGCGGUCGUUUAUCUCCAACAGCUUUGCACGGUUGGUCAGCUUCCUUGACAGCAGUUUGAAUGAUGGCGUGAACACACUUUCAAUCUUUCUCUUGCGCGUCUUUUUGCCAUUUAACUGAAACUUGCGACCUGCCUCCAACUAGAAACCGGCCACUUCAUUUCCAAGUGAAGUGCAUGCCAAUUAUUCUGCCGGAGUUCCGCGGCUCCCUUCCGAUUACACGCCCGACCUCCACGACUCACCUAGAACUCUGCCUGCGCCGUACGCGGCCACUGAUUGGUUACAAAUGCCCGAGCAGCGAAUGAUUGUCACCGGGUUUGACGAGUGACACGUCGAUCAUAGGGCUGCGAGCCAAUCGCGGUGCAGUGGGGGCGGACCGUACGGGCAGGUGUGCAGCAGUGCGAGGCGAGCGGCGCUGACCCGGUGCGGAGUCCAGGAGUCACUUGCGUGAGUGUUUUAUGAUCCUGGGGCAUGGCUGAAGACUUCAGUCAGGAGGCCGUUUUGGAUUUCCUCCUUCGUCACCGUGGAAAAGUGAGGAAUGUGGAUUUGACCGCUUAUUUCAGACACUUCCUGAGGGACCCCGAGUGGCAGCUGCAGAACCGCGAACAGUUUAAGAAGUUUGUCAACUCGCUGGCCGUGGUGAAGGUGGAAGACGGCGUCAAAUACAUCUUUCUGAAGAAAAGGUACGCGGAAUUCAUCCCCGAAGAGUUUCCCGGUCCGAUCGACGUGGGGAUUGGGCAUCCAAAUAAAAGGGAGAUGGCGAAGCCGAGGGUGGGCAAAUGCAACCCGCCUCUGGGCAGUGGGCAGGUUCUGGGGCCACAGAGUGAAGUCAGAGCCGAGGGAAGGCUUCGGGAACUUGAGGCACCGAAAGGGAGGGGCAGGACCCGCCAAUCGCCCAGUUGCUCAGCCGGUGAGAUUUCGGACGCGUCCCGGGGUGUCGUACAGGCGCGGAAUGACUCGCCCAAAGGAUUGCCCGCUGCGUUGCGAGGUGGAAGGCGCACCUCUGAGGCGAGUCGCUCACUGCCUGAGCCGGCCAGCGAAGUCAACAGAAGGGCCAGUGAGGAUCAACCGGUUCGUCAAAAGGAUCGCACGGCAGUGGUCAACAACCUUGAAGGAUCUGUUGCUUGUAAGAGCGCUAGAAAACACAAAAACAACAGAAAUCCUGCUGCUUCUGUUGUGUGUACAGGUGACACUGCGGGAUUGUUAAAUGGUGAGGGUAAUUGCUGCAACUAUUUCGGCCAACCUGUUUUGGAUUCUUCCACAGCCUCGCCUAUCCUUUCUUAUGCCGCCCCGCCUGUUGCUAAAUAUAAAGGGAGGAAACCUGCUAAUAAAGAACUUCCAAACUGCAAUGCUGAGAUAACUUGUGUAAGAUCCGUCCCCGAAAGCAUACCGUGUAAAUCUGACCAAAAUUCCACUGGGAAUGUUACGGAGAUAAACGCUUCUCGGAGAAUAGAGGGAACUGCAUCUUGUGAUACAAAACUGACCAACCUGUGUAGAGGUUCCUCAUCUUCGAAGUACAGGAGCAAUGCAAAAGUACCACAAGAACUAUUAACUGGUGGUGACGCUCGGGUGCCUGUACCUUCAGAAGAAUGUAUCCCAAAGAACCAGGGAGAGUUGAGUUGUAGGCCACUUGCUGGAAGUGGACAGCCAAUGGGUAAUAGAUGGCAUUCUGAAAAAGAAAGCACAUCACCCAAAAAAUAUGUGUCUCUUAAAGUGACUAAGAGCAAUGAACCUCCUCACAAAAUGCUUUCACUUUCACGAGAAAAUAACCAUCCAACUGUCCCGAAAAUAAUUGAUGCACCUCUGAACGUAAGGGAUCAACCAGCAAGUUCAGCCCAGACCACGAGCCACAGAGAGUGCAAAAAAGAUGAACUCUUAAAAAUUAAAGAGCCAUCUGAGGCAUCUUCAUUAGUUCCACUUGAUUCUAAAGAGCAUCAAUGGAUAGUGAAAACAGCUGCAGGCAUGUUUGAACAAGCAUAUGCCUUAUUCUGUGAAGACCCCAACUUUGGCAUGAAAAAGGAUUUUAUUUCUGGAUAUACGGUACUUCACUGGAUAGCAAAGCAUGGCAACCAUCGCGCACUCACUAGAUUCAUUGGUUGCGCAAGAAAGCAUAAAGUUAAAUUAAAUGUGAACAUUAGAUCUAAUUGUGGGUACACUCCUCUACACAUAGCCACUAUGUAUGGACAACUAAAAGUCAUUCAAUACUUAGUUAACAAAUAUCAUGCAAAUUUUAAUUUAAGGGACCAUAGUGGCAAAAAACCUUGGCAGUACCUGAAUAGUGAUGCUUCUAGGGAUGUGUUCCAGAUGUUGGGUGCUCCUGAAUCUAAACAUGCAAAGCCUUCUCGGAUGAGCAACACAUUCUCAGCUAAGGAUGUCAGUAGGCAAAAAUCAUCUAAUCCUGUUAGUAGAAAAACAUCAUUUUCUGCUCUCCUUAAAUCCCCUCAACUAAUGCAUAAGUUUAUGCACUUGAAUUCUGAUCACUUGCAUGCAAUAAAUGAGGAAGAGGAGACAAAUGAAGACUGAAAUACAGCCAAAUCUAAAUAAUUCAGUUUGGAAAUGAGAAUCUCUGGCUAUGUGCAAUAUUUAACAUGUAUUCAUUAUGAUUGUGUUUUAACAAUUUAAUUUGACUGCAAACCUGUUGUUUCAAAACAACAGAAUUGGGUUUGAUUUUUAAGUUUUAUCUUUAUUGAGUUUAGAACAUGCAACAAUCAUAAGAAACAUUAUUCACUAUUGAAUGGAAUGUAUGGUAAAUUGUGAAAUGGGGUUUUAAAUUACAAAAAAUUAAUUUGAUUUUUAUAAACUAUGUAAAGAUCCCCCAGUUUUCCACCUAAUCUGGUGACUGCAUGCUUGGUUUGUGCUGGGGUGCAAUUGGACAGGUGCUAGGGAUAUCGCCAAUCUUCCUUUAUCUGAAGUCUCUGGUUGUAAAUGUUACUAAUCUAAUUAUGGAGAGCAUGAAUGCUGUUCUGUUCUAAAACUUGUGAAUUUUACAGUUUGAUCCAUGAUGUACUGACCAAGAAAAGUAGGGGAGAGUUUUUGUUUUUCCCCUUUCUUAACUAUCUUCACUUUACUUCGACAGCCCAACUGUUACCUGCAUAAAUUGUGGCAAUUGUGUUUUUUUUUAUUUCUCCCCCUCACUUUGAACACUGAUGGUGUAUGAUUUGUUCACAUCUGUUGUGAUCAGGGUCACCUCAAUUUGCUAAAAUAGCCUUGCUCUAUUUCCUGGUCCUCUCCUUGCCAUCUCUUCCAGCUCCUAUCUGAUGCUGAAAUUCAGCCAUCAUCAAACUCCAUAGCAUGCUGUAGAUGGGAAUCUGAGGUUUCCUAAUAUGUUGGAAGAUGAUAAAUUCCUGGCUGUUUUCCUGAGAAAGUCCAGUCUUUUGGAACUGGGAUAGGUAAAUUGAGGAGGGAAAAUGAGAAUAUUGAGUGUAAAUUGAACUAGAAAGGGGAGAAAUCACAUGAACAGGGAAGGAAGAACCAGUAACCAUUUACUUGUAACAGAUUAUUAAUGUACAUCCAUAAUAGUCUACAGUUUUCUCCAGAAACCUUGGGCAAGUUCUGUCACUUUCUUAUGCAUGCUUCCUGUGGGGUUCUGGUCAGAAGUUGAUGCUGAGAACUUGUUGAUAUAAAAUUUUUUAACUUUGUUAGGGUGUAUUUAUUGAAACCAAAUGCAGGGACACAGAGUGGUUGUAAAAAUGGAAUGCAACAAAAAGGCCAAGACAGAGAAAAUGCAGGUUCUGUGGUGUAGAAAGGUAAACAUUUUUAGUGGCCCAUAUUUUGAUAUCUGCUCAAACACCAUGUGCAAACCAAAUGUCCACAAUACCUUAAUAUUAAAGCAUUUUCAGAUAGUUUAUAAAUAAUAGUCAUGUUGUUCAGGCCCAUUGUUAUCAUUGUCAUGAGGUGCUACAUACUGACACACUGUGAGGUGUCUGGUUGCAGUAGAUUCUGAAAAUGGGAUUUGAGGAGUCUGGCUAGAUGUGUUAAUUGUAAAUUCUUCUGUAAUUUCCUUUUUACCCCACUGAUUUCCUUUCCUUCUCUGCUCUCUUUCCACCCCCCCCCCAAGUGUCUUCUCCAUCCUGAACUGAUCUCCUUUCCUUUUUUUUAAACAAUCUAUUCUUUACUCUCAUGUCUCUGCCCUUUGCAAUGUUAUUUUUUCCCAACUCCAAUCCCACCCUCAAUCUCUCCCAACUCCUGAGCUCUUCCCCACUUGAAUUGUUUUGUCCUUUUUUUAAUCAACAACCACCAUUUAUAAUGCCUCUUAAUUUAGCAAAACAUCCCAAGUUGCUUUGCAGAAGUGUUAGCAAACAAAAGUAGGCGCCUCGCCUAAGGAGAUGACAGCAAUGACCAAAUGUUGUCUCUUUUUUUAAAAGAAAGUAGAGUUUGAGAGAGUUGGGGAGGGAAUUUCAGAGCUUUGAGCCUUGGUAAAUGAAGAAACCUGCUGUUGAUGGAGUAAUUUAAAUUUGCAAAUGAUCAGAGCUCCUUUCCUACUUUCCUAGUUCUCUACCUAUCGACCUGCUUGCUUUCCCUCACUUCAUCCCCCAAACUCCUGUCCUCCUGUAAGUUUGAGUCCACUUUUCCCUGAAACCUCCAGGAAAGCCAGAGGCAGAAUUUUAAUUUAAAAAAAAAUGACUGACCCAGAUUUCUGUAAGAGUUACCAGCUGUAACAUCAGGUGUGCAUGUAUUAUUCUGGUUGGAUAUUCAAGUACCCCAGACACGCGCAGAAACACAGAAGCACAUGCAUUUCAUUCCAGCACCAACAGCUCACCAAUAGAUCUGUUCAGCUGUCUGUAGUAUAUUUCAUGAAAUAGAGGCUCUUAACAAUGUUGCUCACUCACUGAUACAAUCUUGGAGGUUAGCAGGGCUGGUUCCUGGAAAAGGGGACAUGUGGUCACUCUGAACUGGUACAUUCCAGCACUGCCUAUAUUUCUCAACUACAUUGUGCACUAUAAUUUCAUUCUUUAAGAAUAUGUACACAAGCAUUAUGAUUACAUUUUUAAAAUACAUUUGUGUGCAUCAGCACUGUGACUACCUUUCCUGAAUAUACCAGUGUACAUCAACAUCAAGUUGGUGUGACUACACUCCUUCUGGAGCAUAACUAUAUUUCAACACUGCCACACUCCUUGAAUAUGUGUCUACUGUGACUAAACUCCUUGAGCAUAUCUGUGUACAUCAGCACUGUAAACACAUUCCAUGAGCAUCUCUUCUUACAUCAACAGCAUGUCUGUACUCUUUAAGUAAUCUGUUUACUGGAACUGUGACCAAAACCCUUAAAUAUGUUUACCAGCAUUCUGAAUGCAGCUCAGAGUACAGCAAUGUAUACAGACACAAUGGCUACAGUCUUUAUAUUUGUAUACACCUGCACUGUGACUACAAUUGCCAAGUAUAUUUGUACCAGCACUGUAGUUGUAUUCCUUGAUAUAUCUAUGUAUACCAAAAGCAUUGUUUGUACU